AUGACUGAUGUUAUGCGGGUAAAACCGCAAAGCGCACACAUAACACCCCAGGAAAUCUACAUAGACCCCACAUCGCGUGCCUCUAACUCACAAUUUGUUAAAAUUCCACAACAGUUUGACCCCAGGUCAAAGACAUGUCCGGAACAGUAUCAUCAAACAAUCAGCAUCCUGCCUGCGGCGAUCUUCGAGUCAAGUUCACGGCGACCGAGUUGCGCCGGCGCCGCUUCGGUGACCGUACCAUCUAUUGACCUAAACACGCCGUGGCCGACUUCUCUGGCAUUGAGAACGUAUAUAAAUUUCGUAAUAGCAAUUUGCGUAAACUAUGAUACGUUCGGUAAUUUAUUUAAAGCGAUAACCACGUUACUUAGUAACCGGGCAAUAGACAAGAAACUACAAAUGACUUUCCGAUGCAUAUUGAAGCACUAA